GGCCCGCCUCCUGCCUGGGAUGUACAGGCCCCGCCAUGACGUCGCCCCUGCUUCCCCAGGCACCACCCCACCAACCCUAUUUGGGGAAAUCUCCCCUUUUUUUUUCCGCUUGUGGUUUCAUCAUUUGUGUAGCUGUGCCUGGGCCUCAACACGGUGGGAGGAGGAGAAGCACGAAGACGGGGUGAAGUGGAGGCAGCUGGAGCACAAGGGCCCGUACUUCGCACCCCCAUACGAGCCCCUUCCCGAUGGAGUGCGUUUCUUCUAUGACGGAAAGCCUGUGAGAUUGAGCGUGGUAGCGGAGGAGGUCGCCACUUUUUAUGGGAGGAUGUUAGAUCAUGAGUACACAACAAAGGAGGUUUUCCGGAAGAACUUCUUCAAUGACUGGCGAAAGGAAAUGACGGUGGAAGAGAGGGAAGUCAUCAAGAGCCUGGACAAGUGUGACUUCACGGAGAUCCACAGAUACUUUGUGGACAAGGCCGCAGCCCGGAAAGUCCUGACCAGGGAGGAGAAGCAGAAGCUAAAAGAAGAGGCAGAAAAACUUCAGCAAGAGUUCGGCUACUGUAUUUUAGAUGGUCACCGAGAAAAAAUAGGCAAUUUCAAGAUUGAGCCGCCUGGCUUGUUCCGUGGCCGUGGAGACCAUCCCAAGAUGGGGAUGUUGAAGCGAAGGAUCAUGCCAGAGGAUGUGGUUAUCAACUGCAGCAGGGACUCGAAGAUCCCCGAGCCGCCGGCGGGGCACCAGUGGAAGGAGGUGCGCUCUGAUAACACUGUCACGUGGCUGGCAGCGUGGACCGAGAGCGUUCAGAACUCCAUCAAGUACAUCAUGCUGAACCCUUGCUCGAAGCUGAAGGGGGAGAAAGCUUGGCAGAAGUUUGAAACAGCUCGACGCCUGCGGGGAUUUGUGGACGAGAUCCGCUCCCAGUACCAGGCUGACUGGAAGUCUCGGGAAAUGAAGACGAGACAGCGGGCGGUGGCCCUGUAUUUCAUCGAUAAGCUGGCGCUGAGAGCAGGAAACGAGAAGGAGGACGGUGAGGUGGCUGACACCGUGGGCUGCUGUUCCCUCCGCGUGGAGCACGUCCAGCUGCACCCAGAGGCCGAUGGCUGCCAACAUGUGGUGGAAUUUGACUUCCUGGGAAAGGACUGCAUCCGCUACUACAACAGAGUGCCAGUGGAGAAGCCUGUGUACAAGAACUUACAGCUCUUUAUGGAGAACAAGGACCCCCGGGACGACCUCUUCGACAGGCUGACCACGACCAGCCUGAACAAGCACCUCCAGGAGCUGAUGGAUGGGCUGACGGCCAAGGUGUUCCGGACCUACAACGCCUCCAUCACUCUGCAGGAGCAGCUGCGGGCCCUGACGCGCGCCGAGGACAGCACAGCAGCUAAGAUCUUAUCCUACAACCGAGCCAACCGAGUCGUGGCCGUUCUCUGCAACCAUCAGCGAGCGACCCCCAGCACGUUCGAGAAGUCGAUGCAGAAUCUCCAGACGAAGAUCCAGGCGAAGAAGGAGCAGGUGGCUGAGGCCAGGGCAGAGCUGAGGAGGGCAAGGGCCGAGCACAAAGUCCAAGGGGAUGGCAAGUCCAGGAGUGUCCUGGAGAAGAAGAGGCGGCUCCUGGAGAAGCUGCAGGAGCAGCUGGCGCAGCUGAGUGUGCAGGCCACGGACAAGGAGGAGAACAAGCAGGUGGCCCUGGGCACAUCCAAGCUCAACUACCUGGACCCCAGGAUCAGCAUUGCCUGAUGCUUUAGGUACUGAUUUUCUCCUCUCUGCCUGGCUGGAACGUCCGUCUGCAUCGGAUGGGCUUCCUUCUGCAUCUGUGACCUCAGAAGGGCUCUCCUUGGGGAUGCAGGACCAGAGCAGCCCUGAGCAACCGAGCACAGCCAAGGAACAGGCCCCAGGGAGGCCAGGACCCGGGUCCUCGCGCCUGCGGCCACAGGAGCACCGUAUCCCUGCGGUUCUGAGCCACCAGGUGUUUGGGUGGCUUAUUACUCAGCAAGUGCUAAUAGAGAAACUGGGUCCCAAAGGGGGGGCUGCUAUAGACUAGAUACUUGUCCCCCACCUCCAGUUCACAUGUUAAAGUCCUCACCCCCAGCAAGAUGGUGUUGGAGGUGGGGCCUUUGGGAGGGGAGCAGGUUUAGAGAAGAUCCUGGGGGACCCUCACGAUGAGAUCGAGCGCCCUCAUGGGAAGAGACACCGGAGCCUCCUCUCCAGGAGCACGCACGGGGACGGCCACGUGAGCAAGAGGCUGCUGUCCGUAAGCUGGGGGUGAUCCCUCACCAGGAACUGGGUCUGUGGCACCUGGAGGCUGGACUCCCAGCCUGCAGAGCUGGGAGAAAGAAAUGUCUGCUGUGAAGCCAGUCGGUCUGUGGAAUUUUGACACAGCAGCCUCAUCUAAGACAGGUGCUGGCAGAACCACCUCAUCUAAGACAAGUGCUGGCAGAACCAACAGCUAAGACGCGGUGCACUGGCUGUGAGUGCAGUCUGGGGCUGGAGGCCAGAAACACGGGGAGGAGACUGUUAGCAGAGGAAACCAUGAUUAGGUAGUAGUGAAAAAAUUGGGUGAAAAAAAAUUGCCUUUGGACGGGCGCUGUGGCCCGUCUCUAAUCCCAGCACUUUGAAAGGCCAAGGUGGGUGGAUCACCUGAGGUCAGGAGUUUGAGACCAGCCUGGCCAACAUGGCAAAACCCUGUCUCUACUAAAAAUACAAAAAUUAGCCGGGCAUGGUGGUGCGUGCCUGUAAUCCCAGCUGCUCAGGAGGCUGAGGCAGGAGAAUCACUUGAACCCGGGAGGCGGAGGCUGCAGUGAGCCGAGAUCGCGCCACUGCACUCCAGCCUGGGAAACAGAACCAGACUCUGUCUCAAAAAAAAAAAAAAAGAAAAAAAAAUUGCCUUCAGUAACUUGGAAAUUAGAAAAUGGAUCCGGCUAAGCAGAGCUCCAGACAGAGUGGCAAAAAUGUCAGCAGAACGCUCCUCGUGGCACUGGUGAGGCCUGUGAGGGUGAAAUGUGUCAAAGGAGGGAUCGUCUAGUCUGCAGGUGGAAUCUGGAGGACAUAGAGCAGGGGCCUGAACUGGCUUGGGAAACAAAACCAUCUCACAUCUUGUCUCUGCAGUCAGCAAAGCAUUUUCUUUUAAAAGUUGUUUUAAAUUUACUUUUUAUUUUUUAGAGGCAAGAUCUCCCUAUAUUGCUCAAGGGAUCCUCCUGCCUCAACACCCUGAUCAGCUGGGACUAUAGGGUGUAUCACCACUGCCCGCAAAAAAUUCAAGUAAUAAGUGGCCUCAGGAUAAAGACAAAAUCAAGGUUGUGGCCAUAUCCAUUGUUAAGGCCCCAGAAAGGUUUACUAUCUUGGGGCUGGGUGUGGUGGCUUGCACCUGUAAUCCCCGUCCUUUGGGAGGCCAAUGUGGGAGGCCACGAGUUCAAGGCUGCUGUGAACUGAUUGUACCACUGCACUCUAGCCUGAAUAACAAAGCAAGACCCUGUCUCUAAAAAAAAAAAAAAAAAAAAAAAAAAAAAUAAAUAAAUAAAAAGAUAGAAGACAGUAUAUAGUACCAAUCCUCUCAGCUAGACAAAAGUGUUUCUAAGACCCUAAAGGAUGUUUUCCCACAACAUGCUAACACAUCAUACAAAACAGAGAAAACACUGACAAAUGUUUAAGUAUAUUUUUUGUCUAGUGAAGAAUAUAAUCUAAGAAACCCACAAGAUUUUGUUUGUUUGUUUUUUUGAGAUGGAGUCUCGCUCUUCUGCCAGGCUAGAGGGCAGUGGCACGAUCUCGGCUCACUGCAACCUCUGCCUCCUGGGUUCAAGUGAUUCUCCUGCCUCAGCCUCCUGAGUAGCGGGGACUACAGGUGCGCACCACCACACCCACCUAAAUUUUGUAAUUUUAGUAGGGACAGGAUUUCACCAUGUUGGCCAGGAUGGUCUCGAUCUCCUGACCUCGUGAUCCACCCACCUCGGCCUCACAAAGUGCUGGGAUACAGGCGUGAGCCACCGCGCCUGGCCCAAAACCCACAAGAUUUUUAAGGGCAUUGUAUCAGUUUAAAUGAACAGAGAUGGAGACGGUUGAAAAUGAAGCCCUUGGGUUCCCGCCUUCUACAGGCAGUAAGCAGCUGAGAAAGCUGCUUAGCCUCAAAUACAGGCUAUCGGACAUCUAAAAACACAGAGGAGAGAGACCAAGGGCAGAGCCAAAAUCUGAGGGAAAAAAAGGAUAAUAAUGUCACUUCCAGGGAAAAUGGGGCCCUAAAAAAGACACAGACUCUGCCCCCUUAAUGAGGUCCCUUGGCAACAUGCUGCUGACUGAGUCACAAAAGUACUACAGACUGGGGUCUGCAGUGAAUGAGCCCCCACCUCUCUCUUUUUCAAACAAGAGAGUUAUUGUGCUUAUCCUGGGCCUGUCUCAAAAUCCUGUGCUGGGGCAGAGGCAGGUAAUUUUUUUCUUUAGUUUAUAGCCUCAAGAGGCAUCUCACACACAUCCAGACCAGAGGAGAAUCAUGAGCUGACGGCCUCUGAGCUGACACAGCAGCAGGAAGAGACCUCUGGGUGGCUUGAGUGGGGGGUGGAGAGCAUAUUUCACUUGUGGAAGGAAAGUAAGUCACUGUGGCUCCAGAGUGGACUGUGGGAAAUAUCGGACGGUCCCAGGACACGCGGCUCUCUCUGCCCAGCCCUGGGGCUCCGUUGUCACGUGGGGAUGCCCCUCACCACUUUUUUUCUAUGAAACCCCAUUUAUAAGAUUCCACUUCUUCCUUUUUUUUUUUUUUAGACGGAAUCUUGCUUUGUCACCAGGCUGGAGUGCAGUGGUAUGAUCUUGGCUCACUGCAACCUCCGCCUCCCGGGUUCCAGCAAUUCUCCUGCCUCAGCCUCCUGAGUAGCGGGGACUACAGACACGCGCCAUCACGCCCAGCUAAUUUUUGUAUUUUUUAGUAGAGGCGGGGUUUCACCAUAUUGGACAGGCUGGUCUCGAACUCCUGACCUCGUGAUCCGCCCACCUCAGCCUCGCAAAGUGCUGGGAUUACAGCACAGUGGCCAGCCCCACUUCUUCCUCUUUCUUGGUUUGCUCCCUUGAUUUGGAGCUCCUCCUUUAGUAGGCUCCUGAAAACAUGUAUUAUGAAAAUGAAUUUUUAAAAGUU